GUAAAGCUAUGGGACAUCCCAGCCAACGGUGUCUAUCAGAACAUGACCCUCCCUAGGAAGGUGCUUCAGGGUCACAGCCGCAGAGUCAACCUGAUAGAAUGGCACCCUACUGCUCGGGAUCUACUGGUCAGCGCAGCCUACGACUACAAGGUGAUGGUCUGGGAUGUGUCAGUGUGUGACUCAGUGCUGAGGAACCCAGUAUGUGUUAUUUCUGUUCACACUGAGCUGGUUCUCUCCAUGUCCUUCAACAAUGACGGCAGCUCUCUAGCUACCACCAGUCUGGACAAGAAGAUCCGAGUCAUGGACCCACGCACUGGGCGCCUCAUACAGGUGUCCAGCAGUAAACUCCACAGGGCCAAUAAGGUGGUGUUUAUUGGAGACCAGAACAUGCUGUUUUCUACUGGCAGCUCACCAUGGAACCAAAGACAGAUCACAUUAUGGGAUCCGGGUGAUCUGUCAGAGCCGCUGUCAGAGGAGGAGGUGGAUGGAGGUGCAGGAGUCCUCUUCCCAUUCUACGACCCCGAUACACACAUGCUGUACCUGGCUGGCAAG